ACGUCCGAUCUGAAACGAACUAUACCGAAAAUAAGCAUGUUUACCUGGGUGACUUGUGUUGACAAAUUGGUCUUAAAAUUAAAAGUAUUCUGUUAGUGACUGAUGUACGAAAUUAAUCAAUCAAUUAAGCAUAAAUCUAGAUGUAAAAUAUCAAAAUUUAGCGACAUUUAGCGGACUAAAAUUCAGUGUGACGUCACGAGGGUGAUCAACAAAGUUGAUUUCUCAGGAGAGCAGCAUCUUUCACCGUGGUUUCAGGACCUUUUAUCUUUGUCAUAAAAAAGUUCAUUUUGAUUGUGAUGAAAGAUCGAUGAUUUAACAGACAAGGAAGCGAGUCAAAAAUGGCCAAAUCGGCCAAUAGCUGAUUUUAACUAGAAAUGUUCAAUAAUAUCGGCGGGGGACCGCCAUCUUGGACAUCCAACUCUGCUAGUGGGCCGACAUCUCGGUCGAAUAUGAUGGAGGCUGGAAAUAUUAUGGAAAAUGUAAACAUUCACUCAUCAUUAGACCCAAGAAAGCAAGAGUUACUGGAGGCACGGUUUUUAGGAGGCAGGUUUCAGCCGUUAAACAUUACACAGUCUCAAGACAACAGCAACCACAGUGCAGGAUCAGUUGAACAGUUAGAUGAGGCCUUGAGUGUUAACACCCCAGAAAAGCAACCUCGUACACCAACAGAACGCAAAAGGAAAAGAAAAGCAACAAGUGACGGAAGUGAAAGUAAUACUCCAAAAACAAGACCAGAAGCAAAUGGAAAGAAAAUCAAUGAAUAUUUCAAGAAUCAGUCACCAAACAGAAGUGGAUCAAUAAAUCCAACAACAGGAACGAAAUCUCCCUCACCACAGGGUUUGUCCUAUUCAUACACAGCACCUUCACCCAGCAGUGUAUACAACAGUAAUUCAGACAGCUUGCAUGGCUUUCCUCCUGUACCAUUGUACCAGUGUUCAAAAGGAUUACAGACUGAACUAACAUGGCAACAGAUACAGAUUUGGGAAAGUAAAGCAUCUUCAGAUAUAGAACAGAAAGAUACUAGGAUAGACGAAUUAAUUAGGCAAAAUGAUGAACAGCGACGGCAAAUCACUGCACAACAGAAACUGAUAGACAAACACAAAGAAAAUCUUCAGAAAUGUUUAAAUGUAAAUAAAUCUCUCCUUAUUGAAAAGAGUAAAUUAGAAAAGAAGACGACACGACAGAAGAGUAUGAGUAACAGAUUGCGGCUGGGUCAGUUUGUUACACAGAGACAGGGCGCUACAUUUGUAGAGAACUGGAAUGAUGGAUGGGCUUUCACAGAUUUGCUUAAGCAGCAAGAAAGAGUUGCCUCAGAUCGUGAAGAAAUUGAAAGGCAAAGAAAAGUUUUAACAAAACGUAAACCCGGUGGUGCUGGACCAAAAAGUAUAAAGCCUGAUUUCAUAAAACCUGGUCAAGAAAGAAGUUUAUCAGUGCCAGAAUAUUAUGAAUUGGAUGAGAUUCUGAAAUUACGGCAAGCUUCUCUUAAGAAGGAAGAUUCUGAUGUUCAGUUAGAACUGGAAAAAUUAGAAAGAGAAAGAAAUUUACAUAUAAGAGAAUUAAAAAGAAUUCAUAAUGAAGAUAGCUCUAGAUUUAAAGAUCAUCCGAUAUUGAAUGAUCGGUAUCUCCUCCUUAACUUAUUAGGGAAAGGAGGAUUUAGUGAGGUCCACAAAGGAUUUGACUUGAAGGAGCAAAGAUAUGUUGCCUGUAAAAUUCACCAACUCAACAGAGAGUGGAAGGAUGACAAAAAGGCUAACUAUAUCAAACAUGCCCUUCGAGAGUAUAACAUACACAAAAGUCUGGAUCAUCCCAGAAUUGUCAAGUUAUAUGAUGUGUUUGAGAUUGACAAUAAUUCAUUUUGUACAGUACUGGAAUAUUGUGAAGGGAAUGAUCUGGACUUUUAUCUUAAACAAAAUAAAUCCAUUCCGGAGAAAGAGGCUCGUUCCAUUGUCUCCCAAACUGUUAGUGCUCUGAAAUAUUUAAAUGAGAUCAAACCACCUGUGAUUCAUUAUGACCUUAAACCAGGAAAUAUAUUACUUGGUAGCGGGUCUGUUAGCGGUGAGAUCAAAAUCACUGAUUUUGGUCUCAGUAAAAUUAUGGAUGAUGAGAACAUUACCUCCGAUGGCAUGGAUCUCACAUCCCAAGGGGCAGGAACAUACUGGUACUUGCCACCAGAAUGUUUUGUUGUUGGGAAAAAUCCACCAAAAAUAUCUUCCAAGGUGGAUGUAUGGUCAGUUGGUGUCAUAUUUUAUCAGUGUUUAUAUGGUAAAAAGCCGUUCGGCCAUAAUUUAUCCCAAGCUGCCAUUUUAGAAGAAAAUACAAUUCUCAAAGCAACAGAGGUGGAUUUUCCAUCAAAACCUCCAGUCAGUUCUGAGGCAAAGAAUUUUAUUAGGGCAUGUCUCAGGUAUAAGAAAGAGGAACGACCAGAUGUGUUACAGUUGUCAUUACAUGACUAUCUUAAACCUACGUCUAUAAGAUCUAAAGGACAUCCUAUUGAAGGACCUACUGGUAGUUACAACCACAUUGGAAUAAACAGUAAUUCUAGCAUUAAUCAGCCUAGUCAACCUUCGUUCACAUUUGGGGAUAAACUGUGACGGGGGAGAGACACUUGCCAAUCUGUGACUCUUUGUUCAGGGAACUUUACCCUGGAGAAAACCAAAAAAGCGUUAAUUGUUGUUUUGAAUUCAUGAAAUUGUGAAGUCCAGUAAAUUGUUAUUUAUGGCUGUGUUUAUUUUCAGCAUAUUUGCCUUUAUUAAUAGUUCACAUGUAUACAUUUACAAUAUUUUGGGAUCAUAUUUUGGUAUUGUGCAGGUGGCAACAGCUCUUGUAAAUAAUUCACAACAAAUUUACGUCAUACUGAGUAUUAUAAAACUUUUAACACAAUGCAACUUGACAAAAGAAAAUAUUUAGAGGUUUUUUCUUACAGAACAUACCUCAACAUAUUUCUGAAAAUAUGACUAGAUGAAACAAAAGAUAGUA